AUGAGGGAGAAGAAUCAUGUUGAAAAGUUAUCGUCGGAGUGGAGUGGAAGUGAUGCGGACAAUUCACAAGCGGAAAGAGACAUACUUGAUGAGCUACGUCCACACAAAAAAAUAAAAGAACUCGAAAUCUCCGGAUAUAGAGGGAUGCAAUUUCCAAAUUGGCUAGCUGAUCAUUCGUUUCUUAAGUUGCUAGUGACGGAAGAAUUCUAUGGUAGUCCGUCCUCCAAAAAGCCUUUUAACUCUCUUGAGAAGCUUGAAAUUGCAAAGAUGCCUGAGUGGAAGCAGUGGCACGUACUAGGGAACGGAGAGUUUCCUGCACUUCAGGACCUUUCUGUCACAACCCGAACCGAGGCCCUGGCCGUGACGAGAGCAUCCCGAAUCAUAAAGGCCCGAGAGUUCUUAUAA